AAUAAACAUGUAAUAUCCAGUUUUGCUACGCCAUUUCGUGGUGAAAUUACAGAAAUAGAAAGAAAACCUGAAGAGGAUAUUAUUAUUAAUCAACUUCGACCUUUAUAAAAAUUUAAGUGUCAUGCCUGCCGUGGUAUUUACAUUUAAAUUGAUCGAACUUCACAUUAGUGGAAAUCCUCGUAUCCAAAACGGAGACAGAAUAGCAAAUCUGCGAUAUUUUUUAAACAGUGAUUAGUGAGUACCAGUUACACCAGUGACAAUCCAAGGUUGCGCCGGCGGUCUGAUGAAAAUUUAAAUGAACAUUCUCAUAACGUCGUUGUGUUAUGUCGAAUUAUAUAAAAAUCAGUUUUCGCCCGUUUAUCUCGUAAUGUUUUAAUGUUAUUGUCGCAUUGUUCGCUCGUAAUUGGAGCUAAUUUUGUGGGUGCAUCGAAUCCAAACAAUCGGACAUAUUAAUUUAAUAUGCGCGUAAAAAUAAUUGAAUUGAUCCAAUCAAUGUUUAUCUACUGGUAUUUUACAACAGGUUCUGUUAGGUUUUCACUGCGUUCGGGAAAUUGUUGUUAGGAGUAAUCGAUAAAUUAACGAUAUGCGAAAUUAAUUGUUACAUUAUCAGCGAAUUAACAGCGAGCAGGUAUUUAAUUACACGAUGUUAAACAUCCUAAAUAAUUGUAUAUGAUGUAUUCGUUAGCAUAAUAGCCAUGUUGGUGUAAUUAUUGACGUAAAGAAAUUGAUAAGGUGAAAUUAGAAAUGUAUGAAAAAAAUUACAUAUUUUUUUUUCAUACAGGGUGCUGAAAAUGCUGAUUUAUGAGAUAAAAGUUAGCAAUCCUAAAGGGUGUACAUUAUGUUGAGAAAGUUGUAGAUUUACAAGGUUUUUUUUUCUUAAUUUGGUACCUACAUAUUUGAUUAAAUUUUGCACUAUCGGUCAAUAAAAACUCCAUAAAGUUUAGUGAAAUUCUAGUAACAACAACAAAAUCCCUAAAUCUAAUAAAUUUUCACUAAAAUUGGAUAUUACCAGCCCUUAAUGAGAGAAACAAAUUACUAAAUCGAACCACCUCGUAUAAUAAUUAUCAGAUUCAAAUGAAGUGCAGUCAUACGAGUCCUUAUCAUUCGAACUAAUAAUACACCUAGUUAUUAUACAUGUUUCGCCAUUAUUUAAAAAGGGGCUCAUUAAAAUGCAGGCGUUCAUUCUAAAUUGAAGUCGGUGCGUUGCAGUUCGAUUGUGCUCGUUCCAAUUUUUCGCGAGUCCAUUGCAAAAAAGCCGAUUUAAAUUCAAAUUAUUCAGCGUACAAUUCACGUACUAUUCCUCGACAUCACCCUGUAUAGAUAAAUCAACAAUGGCUGUUAUAGCGAAUAUAAUACAGGACGUCAAUAAAUAUUUAAAUAAAUACCAAGACCCCAGGACUGCCGAUUGGUUCCUGAUGUCAGGUCCAUUCCCCACUUUAGGAAUAUGUCUUUCAUAUAUAUAUUUAGUAAAGGUAAUAGGACCAAAACUGAUGGAAAAUAGGAAACCGUUCAACCUAAAAAAUACGUUAAUUAUUUAUAAUUUCGCCCAAGUUGUUUUUAGUGCGUGGAUUUUUUAUCAGAUAGGACUGGGAGGUUGGUUUACGGGUGAAUACAGCUUAAGAUGUCAACCAGUAGAUUAUUCAAAUAAACCGAGCACAAUACGAAUGGUACACGCAUCAUGGUGGUACUUCUUCUCGAAAUUCACCGAGUUCUUUGAUACAAUAUUUUUCGUUCUGAGGAAGAAAAACGACCACAUAUCCACCUUGCACGUCAUCCACCACGGCAUCAUGCCCAUGUCGGUUUGGUUCGGCGUCAAAUACACACCCGGCGGCCACAGCACCUUCUUCGGUUUCCUCAACACCUUCGUCCAUAUCAUCAUGUACACCUACUACAUGCUGAGCGCCAUGGGCCCCCACAUGCAGAAGUACCUCUGGUGGAAGAAGUACCUCACCAGCCUCCAAAUGGUGCAAUUCGUGGCGAUCAUGGUGCACGCCUUCCAGCUGCUCUUCACCGAAUGCAACUACCCGCGCGCCUUCGUCUGGUGGAUCGGCAUGCACGCCGUCAUGUUCUUCUUCCUGUUCAAGGAGUUCUACAAUCACACGUACAACAGGAACCAGCGGCGAUUGAAGGCCGAACGGGCGAAGAACGGGAUCGUUUCGAACGGCUGCGCCAACGGGCACGCGGUGCUCGACGAGAAGAAAAACGGGGCGACCAAGCUCAGCGAAUGUUAUGUUAACGGUUCGUCCGAGAUCCACCGGAGGAUGAAAUCGUAGUGAUAUUAGUUAGUUAGUAGUAUUAAUUUCUAGUUAAUUCAUUCAAUACGGACGAUUUACUUAAUUUAAUGCGGCGAAUGGAUGGAUUUGAAUUUGGGGGGAAGUUCAUUUGUUGUACGUUAUUCUAAUUUAUGAAUGGACGGUUUAAUAAAACAGCACAGUGUCGAAUUGGAAAUGUUAGAUGCCGAAUUUAGUCGUUAAUUAUUCUCGAGAACAGUAGGUGAAGGUUUAGUAUUAAAUAACUGUUGAGUAUUAAACUAAAUGUAGUGUAGUACAAACGAAUUAAACAGGAAGCACCUGAUUGCAAUCCCGUUCAAAAUGCUGCAUUCGAAACGAUAAUAAUAAAUAUCUACAUGUAUAAGAAAUAUUUUGUUCUGUUAAGAAGGAAUAACGCAGAAUACAAAACGAAUCUGUGAUUACAUCACUCGAUGAUUUUAUAUCUAUAACACAUAAGUAUAUAAUAUUGUAAGGAGUUAAUAGAUAUAUCAUUUAAUUUCGGAUGUUGUGAAUAAGAUCUCGAUACGAAACAUUCCUUAUGUAAAUUUCCUUUUAACAGAAAUAUUCCCUUUUUUUUGACAACGGUGUGUCUCUUUAUCAGUGCUGUAAUUAAUUACUUUUAUUAUACCUACCUAUUUUACGUUGUUACUGUUUUUUUUUCAAAGUUGAAUAACUGUGAAUCGUUUUAAUUAUCAAGAUUCUGUUGAAAUGUUUUUUUUUAUAUUUUUUUAUAUAGUAUAUUGUUAGAUACAAAUUUUUAUUUAUUGCCGCAUUCGCGCCAAUUCAACUUGGAAAUAUCUAUUGUCUUGGAAAAUUCAUUUGAACCAACAACGGUGCCAUCAAAUAGUAUUUAUCCGGUGUGAAUUUGUCGAACACGAGCUUGAUUGAAAUCACUUAGUGAUCCGUUUACACUGUGCUUGAAAAGAAAGAUGAAAUUUGGUACGUGUUUAAUACGCACAAAGAAUAGUUUUCCAAUUUUUUUUUAUUCCGUUAAUGUUGUCACUGUUUAAAGUGCCUUUUUUUAGAUAGUAAUGGAAAUUUUUUAGCUCCAAUAAAAGGUGUAUCGAAAUUAAAUAUACUUUUUAUUAUACUUUUGUUUGUGUUAUUUAU